GGAUCCCCUUUGCCUGUUGGUUCCAGAUCUAGCGACACUUGCACACGGGAGAUGCUCGCAAGACCAGCCAAGCAAGCUAAUAUAUCAUAAGCGUAAUCGCAAGCUGCAUCCAGGUUGCAGCUGCCGCCUCCACCAAGCAGAGGCAGCUCGUUCCAGAGGCCAGUAAAGGUAAAGCUAGUACCGGUGGUUGGCACGUCGCGGUUGAUACGGAGGUGUAGGCCGCUGCACUUCUCCCCACGUCGCCGGCUCCGGUUCCCUGACGCGGGGAAUGGUGGGAAUGGGGCGCGCGUCGGUCGGCGCGCUGCUCGUCGCGCUUGCCGUGCUCGCGCCGGCGGCGACGGCGCAGACCUGCGGCGACGAGCUGCCGCCGCAGCUCGUCGGCAACUACUCGGGGCUAGCCUGCGCCCCCGUCUGGAACAACUUCGUGCUCCGGUACGCGCAGGGCAAGGACAACGUGCUGCGGGUGGUGCUCUCGACCAUGUACAGCACGGGGUGGGUGGGGAUGGGGUUCUCCAAGGACGGCCUCAUGGUGGGCUCGAGCGCCAUGGUGGGGUGGAUGGGCAAGACGGGGGUUGCCCACAUCAAGCAGUUCUCGCUGCAGGGUAAGACCCCCUCGCAGGUGGUCGUGGACAAGGGCUUCCUCGUCUCCAACGACCACGACCACACCGUGCUCGUGCAGCAGGCCAAGAUCUACCUCGCCUUCCAGCUCAGGUUCACCGCGCCGCUCAAGCGCCAGAACAUGCUCCUCGCCAUCGGCUCCGCCAUCCCCGUCAACGACCGCCUCUCAGAGCACCAGGACAAGACCUCCAUCGCUUUCGAUUUCACCACAGGCAGCUCUUCAAGCGCGUCAUCCUUCCCGGAAGGUCUGAAAAGGACUCAUGGGGCGCUCAACUUGUUCGCGUGGGGUGUGCUCCUGCCAAUUGGCGCCAUCGUCGCAAGGUACUGCAGGAGAUGGGACCCCCUGUGGUUCUACCUCCAUACCGGCAUCCAGUUUGUGGGAUUCAUCCUGGGUCUGGCCGGCAUUGUGGCUGGAGUAUCAUUGUACAACAAGAUCCAAGCCAACGUCCCCGCACACAGGGGCCUCGGCAUAUUUGUGCUUGUGCUAGGCAUCUUGCAGAUCCUAGCAAUCUUCCUGAGGCCCAACAAGGACUCCAAGUACCGCAAAUUCUGGAACUGGUACCACCACUGGGUAGGCCGGCUCGUGCUCUUCUUCGCUGCGAUCAACAUCGUCGUCGGGAUCAAGGUCGGCGGCGCCGGCAACUCAUGGAAGAUCGGCUACGGUUUCAACCUGGCCGUCCUCCUGAUCACCAUCAUCGCCCUGGAAGUCCUGCUGUGGACGAGGUGGAGAAACAAUAGCGGUUCUACGGCGGCGUACUAAGGACGAUCAGUUUGGUUCUUGUGUCGUGGUAUAACUGAAGGAGGUUCAUAUUCUUUCGAUGUUUUGCGUGCUAUAUGCUUUUGGUGUAGCGUUCGUGCUCGCUGCGGGGUCUUUUGCAGGCAGAUCUGCAGGACCAAUAGCCUAUAUGAUGAUUUUUUUGCCCUUUUGGCGUGUAAAAGCACGAGACGGUCAUCGGACUUGUCUGUGUUAAGGCUUGCCGUUCCGGUGCUUUUGGGAUUUGGGUGUGCUCGAAAUGGAAAAUGAGAUGGUUUGCGCA